AUGGUCAACGUAAUUAUUGGUGGAACUUGGUUAGUCCAAGAAAAAAUAGGCGAAGGUUCCUUUGGCGAGGUCUUUCGAGUUCGUCACAAUGUUACUGGUAAGGAGUACGCUGCGAAACGAGAACCUAUCGAUACUUUAGACGACACACAUUUGGAGAACGAAGUUGAGUUGUUAAAUCUAUUAAAGCAAUACGACUUUGUACCAAAAUGCCAAUGGUUUGGAGUAUACGGUGUAUAUAAAGUAUGCGUCAUGGAUUUGCUUGGACCAACGUUAAAGCAGGUCCGAACAACUUUCGAUAAAUUGCCUGUACCUAUUGUUAGCGACUUAGCGAUGCAAAUGGUUACUAUAAUGGAAGGAGUUCAUAGCCAGGGUAUCGUUUAUCGAGACGUCAAGCCUGACAAUUUCCUUCUUGAACGCGAAUUCCAAUUACCUGUAACCUCAAACUUAUCCGAUAAUGAAUCUGAUGAAGAGGAAACAAAUGCUCAACCGGCUGAUACUAAACUCUUGUAUCAGAGCAAGCACACGGUCUCAAUCAUCGACUUUGGUCUCUCCACUUACUAUCGAGACCCAAUAACUGGUGAACAUAUUUCGGGGCAAUAUGUAAAGUAUAAAACUGGGACUGCACGAUAUGCCAGCAUAAAUAUUCAUAAAGGAAAAGUUCAUACCAGACGAGAUGAUCUAGAAUCUCUUGGAUAUCUAUUUAUCGAUCUUCUUAAAGGCAGGUUACCGUGGAGUGGUCUUAAAGCUCGGAAUGCACAGGAAGGAUGGAAAAAAAUGAAAGAAUGGAAGCAAGAACUUUCCUUGGAGAAGCUUUGUGAGGAUCUCCCUAGAGGUUUUAUGACCUUUUUACACUAUACCAGAUCAUUGAGAUUCGCAGAAGAUCCAGAUUAUGAUUAUUUACGUGAAGUGCUUUCGGAAACGACCGGUUCAGGAACAGAAGCAGAAAUAGUCACAUCUUAUAUUACAAAAUCUCCAACUCCUUCGUGGAGAAUUAAAAACCGCGAAGACAGUUCCGGAUAUAAUUCACGUUCAAUUCAUAUUGGUCGAAAUGCCAUCAACGGAUUUCCAGUCAAUGGAAAUCAUCCGAAUGGUCGAGAUCAUGACAGAGGUUUUAAACACCCCGACACUAUACAACCUCCAUCUUAUUUUGAAAAUCGAAGGAACACUUUAAGUGAUCAGGAUACGGUGCCCGGUACUCCUAUGCACGAGAUUAAUUUCUUGAAUAAUGCUGAAUUGGAGUGGUGUUCCGAUCCGUCAAUGGACAAUUUUCAGAAAUUUUUAGAUGAUGAGCAAACACUUGUUUCGAAAAUGAAUAAGUGGCAAUGGAAUGCCAGCAAUCCAAAAAUUUCGUGGAAAGAAUCCGAAAAGAAAAUCAAUGGACUGGUGGACUCUCAAAAUAGGCGAUUAUCUUUACCGAGUCCUAAGAAUAACAGUCCACCACAUUCUAAGAAUAACAGUCCACCACAUUCUAAGAAUAACAGUCCACCACAUUCUCCUGAUGAAUAUCCAAAGAAUACUUUAUAUGAUAAUCGAAAGAAUCAUCAUCGUACAGAAAAAAUUCAAGGUGAUGGCGCUGGCGCUGAUGAAAAAAUUUAUUUGGGACCAAGACGAAGUAUUCCGAAUAUUCGAAGUAAUACUCUAUUAUCUUCACGAUAUCCGAAAAGAAGUGAACCAAAUCUUCGAGAUGCUGCUCGACAACAAGGAAAACCAGAAACGUCUUCUAUUAUACAAAGGACAAUAGGACACAGACAAGAAUUGGAGGCAUCAGUCUCUAAUAGUCAAAAUCACAAAAAGUCAUCUCCACUUGCACUUCCGAAUAACAUGUCAAAAAAUGGAGAAUUAAAAAAUAAUUCUCCUCCCGAAUCAAAAAUCUAUUCAUUGAACGAGCGCCAUUCUGAACAGGAUGUAAGAUACACACCACAAGAUGUCAGAUAUUCACCACAGGAUGCGCGUUUCAGUAUUCAAGACGUCAGAUAUUCGAUACAGGAUGCACGUUUUAAUUCUCAAGACGCUCGCUAUUCCACAAAAUCACCCAUCAUUAACGGGCGUGAAACGAAAAUAAAUCGCGGAAGGUCAAUGACUUUCAGUCAUCAGACUUUGCCUCCUCAGGAUGUUCGACUACAACAUGCGAAAGUUGCUCAUGUAACUUUUGCCAAAAACGGCAAAAGUGGUCGAACAUUCAAUAACAGUGGGAACGGAACUCGCCGAAAAAGCUUCAAUGUCCCUCAAAAUGGAAACGAACGGGUUCCACGAGGACGAAGCUACACGAUGAGCGAGAGGGAGAUGCAAAAGGUGCCUCGUGAAAACCCUUCGUGGUUAUGUAUAAUUCUAAUGCAUCAGGAUGCCAAUGAAGGUUAUGAAGAAGUGGAAGACGUCGAUUUGUCUUCUGAAAUAGAUUUAGUAGUUAACAGUUCGUAUAUAGGGGUAGAAGAUGAUUUACUAGAAGAAGACCCACUGGUAUUGCAACAAAUGCUUCUACAGCAACAACAAUAUGCAGCUGAAGCACAAAUACUACAAAUACCCGAUGUGGUCAAAAAUUUUGUUGUCUAUUUCCACCGUAACAUUCUGGAAAAUAACGUAUACGAGUUGCAUGGCAUCUAUGAGACUUCAUUUAAUAAAUUGACUGAGAAAUUCUAUCCGAAACAACCUUGGCCUGAAGCUGAUUUUAUUGCACCGUUGGUCAAUGAUGAUCAAGUUUUUUUGACCUUGUAUCGUGAACUGUAUUAUCGCCAUAUUUACUCGAAACUUACACCCACCAUUGAGCAUCGUUUCCAUUCUUAUGAGAAUUAUUGUGAUCUCUUCAAUUACAUACUAAAUUCUGAUGGUCCUGUUCCUUUGGAGCUUCCCAAUCAAUGGCUUUGGGAUAUUAUUGAUGAAUUUAUUUACCAAUUCCAAUCUUUUUGUAAUUAUCGUAAUCGACUCAAGAAUAAAACUGAAGAAGAAAUUUCUUUGUUACGCGACAAUAUUCAGGUUUGGAGCUGUUAUAGUGUGUUGAAUGUUUUAUACUCUUUGAUUACGAAAUCUAGAAUUACUGAACAAUUGCUGGUUAGCAAACAUGGUGGCGAUAUGGUUGAAGCUGCAGGCGAAUAUGGAUCUCGACCUUUAUAUAAAAUGUUGGGAUAUUUUAGUAUUAUUGGACUUUUGCGUGUUCAUUGUCUCUUGGGUGAUUAUACUUUAGCAUUAAAAAUGAUGGAUAAUAUUGAGUUGAACAAAAAGGCACUGUUUGCGCGUGUCACCGCGUGUCAUGUUACAACAUAUUAUUAUGUCGGCUUUUCGUAUAUGAUGAUGCGAAGAUAUGCAGAUGCGAUUAAGGCUUUCUCACAUAUCCUUGUAUUCAUUGCACGAACAAAAAUGUACCAUACUCGCUCUUAUCAAUUUGAUCAGAUUAAUAAAAAGGGUGAUCAAAUGUAUGCGCUCUUGGCUAUUUGUAUCGCACUUUGCCCGACACGGUUGGAUGAAAAUAUUCAUUCGCAUCUAAGGGAAAAAUAUGGGGAACAAUUAACAAAAAUGCAGAAAGGGGAAGAGGGCAUCCCUGUUUUUGAAGAUUUAUUCCUGUACGCGUGCCCCAAAUUUAUUUCUCCUAUCGGUCCAAAUUUCGAAGAUCCGAACAGCCUAGCACAGUCAAUUGAACCUCAUCAUCACCACGCUAAAAUUUUCCUUGCCGAGGUACGACACCAAAUACUUAUACCUACAGUACGCUCAUACCUUAAAUUAUAUACCACUAUGGGAAUAGAUAAAUUAGCAACUUUCUUGGAUAUAGAUUCCAAAGAACUUAGGACUCAAUUGCUCAUAUUUAAGCAAAAGUCUCGACAGCAAAAGUGGAAUAGUGGAACUUUGUUAGAGGGUGAAUAUGUCACAACCUCGGACCUUGAUUUCUGUUUGAAGCAGGAUAUGGUUCAUAUAGCCGAAUCUAAAAUUGGUCGGCGAUAUGGAGACUGGUUUUUACGGAACAUUAACAAAUUUCAGGAUAUUAUUGCAGGCUUGGAGCUACGUAAUUAA